GCUUUGAACACGACCGUGAGGAAGGAUGUUUUUGAUGCUACAUGGUUUUAACUAUCUUGCAAGCUGCUUCCCAAUAAAACAUCAAACUUGGUACCAAAAGUGCAUGUGCAACUACUGAAACGAGACGUAAUUUAGGAAGUUGUGUGAAUUGCUCUCAAAGUGAUAAUUAAAUUGGUCCUGUGUAUGAUUAAAUUCGUAUUUAAGAAAAUUUCAACAUAUUCUCUUCGUUAGCACGGUGUAGCCGUGUCUUAGGUCAUUUUUUUAAUUGGUUGGUUCAUUAUUUGCGUCUUUGGAAAUUGUAUUUGGCGUUAUCGGUGAUAAUGAAGUCUCGUUUGCUGGGGCUUGUUUGCCUUGUUAUGCUGGCAAUAAAUCCCGUGCAAUCUUCACCCGUAAAACAAACAAUUAACGGCAACAAAAGUCUGUUAGGUGCUAAGGAAUGCACUUGGGGGCCAUCUUACUGGUGUUCUAAUAUCGAGAAUGCUAAGACAUGUGCCGCUGUAUCACACUGUAUUCAAACAGUUUGGGAAAAGCAGCACUAUCCGGUGGAUAAUGAUGAGAUCUGCAACAUUUGUCUGGACAUGGUGAAGCAGGCACGUGAUCAACUGGAGAGCAAUGAAACGCAGGCCGAUUUAAAAGCCGUCUUCGAAGGUUCCUGCAACUUGAUUCCGAUAAAGUUAGUGAAAAAAGAAUGUCGCAAAUUAGCUGACGAUUUUAUACCCGAGUUAGUGGAGGCUCUCGCUUCGCAAAUGAAUCCAAACGCUGUAUGCAGCGUAGCUGGGCUAUGUAACAAUGCCGCCAUUGAUAAACUAUUAUCAGAGAUGAUAGUAUUAAACCCUGAACAGGAAGUACAAGGCAUUGAAGCGAAUGAGAGGGAACCUGCAGUAACUGGUGAUACAUUCAACUGUGACGAGUGCCAUACGAUUUCCAACCUAAUUCAAAAACGCUUCCGUUCGACUGAUCGGGAUAGCGUUUUGGAGAGUAUUCUACAAAUCUGCGGCAAAAUGUCAUCAUAUUCGGAUGCUUGCUCGAACAUUGUGCUGACAUACUUUGGGGUGAUGUAUGAGCAUUUGGAACGUAAUUUAAAAGUAGAAGGCGUGUGUCAUCUUAGUGGAGUUUGCGCAGCGCAGUUCCAUCUACAUGAAAAUAACAAACGAAAAGAUCUGAUUGAGGCGAGAUCAAUGGGAGAUGUCGGUAGACUACGAGUGGCUGGCGACGAUGUUCCGUGCAAACUAUGUGAGCAAUUGGUGGAUCAUUUGCGCGAUGUUUUGAUUGCGAAUACGACCGAGCUAGAGUUUAAAGAGGUAUUGGAGGGUCUGUGUAAUCAGACCAAGAGUUUUGCCGAUGAAUGCCAUAGUCUUGUUGAACAAUACUAUCGUGAAAUCUAUGAGACCUUGGUGAACAAUCUGAAUAGCAACGAUGCGUGUUUCAUAAUUGGUAUCUGUCCGAAGGAAGACGGUGUGGUCAGUGAUGGCACAGUCAUGCCAUUGUUAUCGGUGGCAGUUGCGGAUCGACAUGAACGGACCGAGAUGUACCAACGAAUGAAUCGCCCAUUGCUAGGACAUAACGAACUUAUACUGUCGGCAUCAGAAGUGCAGCAGGCUCAGCUACCGAUUGAUCGUAUUAUGAGUGCACCUAGCGGCCUAAACUUGAUCGAGAACGGCAAAUUCUGCACAUUGUGCGAGUACUUUAUGCAUUUCGUACAGGAAGCAUUAAGCGAACCAGCAAAUGAGGAUGAAAUUAAAAAAGUAAUCGAAGUCACAUGUAAUCGAUUGCCGUCGUCUAUUCGCGGUGAAUGCCAUAACUUUGUAGAUGUUUACGGCGAUGCAGUUAUAGCACUACUUAUUCAAUCGAUAAAUCCGCGCCAGAUUUGUCCAACUUUGAAGAUGUGUCCAUCUGCCAGCUUAGAUGUCGAGAUAUUUGCUCCAGCCCCGGUCGAGGUAUCCAUUACAGCGCGGGGUGAUAAAGACAAACCAACUUGUCCACUCUGCCUUUUUGCGGUUAGUCAGCUGGAGGAGUCGGUUAAAACAGAUCGAUCGAAGGAAAAUAUCAAGAGUGCAUUGAAUAAACUUUGCACGCACUUGUCACCCAAGCUACGCCUGGAAUGCAAUGAUUUUGUUGACACAUAUACAGCUGAACUUGUCGAAAUGCUUGCAUCUGAUUUCACACCCCAAGAAAUCUGUGUUUUCCUGAAGCUUUGCGUUGACCAACGCCCAGAUCUUAGUCUUCUUGGUAUGGAACUUGACUAUGAGAAGCGUUCAUCGCACCAAAAGUCAGACAUAUUAGUAUCCUCAUCGGGUGACAUUGAGACAAAUGAAAUACCUGACAUUACUGUCAACGGAGAAAUUACGAUUGAUCACACACUGAUGAGUAGUUCACCUGAGUGUCUUGUUUGCCAGGAGAUGGUCAAAGAAGUCGAGAAACGGGUGCAAAAUAAAAAAAGCAAGGAACAAAUUAAACAGGCUCUAGAACACGCAUGUGAUCGUCUGCGGAAAUAUAAGACCAAGUGUGAGAAAUACAUCGAUCAGCAUAGUGACCAAAUCAUUGAUCUGGUAAUGAAACAGCUUUCUCCAAAGGAAAUUUGCAACGCGUUGGGAUUCUGUAUUCCUGCUCAAGAAAUCAUCGAUGACUUAGUAAUAGAUGAGGCGCUAUUCGAAUACUUCGGGGAAGAUGGAGUCAUAAAAAUUACUAAGGAUUUUUUGAUUUCAUCAAAGCGUGUCGAUACAGGUUUCGAGAAGAAUCAACCAGCUCAGUGUGCAAUCUGUGAAUUCAUAAUGGUCAAGCUAGAAUCGGAACUAGCUGACAAUAAAACUCGUACUGAAAUCGAAAACGCUGUUCGAACCGUUUGUGAUAAGAUGCCAGGCACAAUUACCAAACAAUGCGACAAAUUGAUUGAUCAAUAUGGCGAGUUCAUCAUCAAAUUCCUGCAGACGUUACCACCUAAAGCAAUUUGCACCCAACUGGAUUUAUGUAAAGAACAACUAAGUCGCUUAAAGCAAUCUGAACUUGAAAUUGUAAAAUGCGCUGUUUGUCACGGCGCUGUUAAGAAUCUUUAUGAAUUGAUGGCUAACGAUGACAUAAAAGGCCAUGUAAUGAACCAUGUGAAUAGUGUUUGUAAUUCACUUCAGGGAGAUUACUUCACGCUAUGUGAGAAGCUGUUCACUAUGUAUGGUAUAGAUAUGAUGUACCAGCUGAAGCAUUCCAUUCAAAAGGAAUACGUGUGCAUUAACAUCAAUAUGUGCAGUAAGUCAACACUGCUGACACUUCCAGAAUUCGCUUCAGACGAGCAUGCUGUGGAUCAAUCUUUUAAAGCGCGUGUAGAAAAUGAGGAAACUAUGUUAGUCUGAAUAAGCUAAUGUAGUUUGGGAUCGGCAUCCUGGCGGAAAAAUAAAUCUAAUGCACUUAAGUGCAAGGUAA